UCUGUCCAGUCGAAAAGUAUCUUAGGCAUGUCAAGAUGCACAGUCCACUGGAGAGCAAUACUCUCGGUCCCAAUGUGUGGGACUAUGAUAUGAUAUUGGAGAAGAUCGGUUAUGGAAAAACGCAGUGGAUACUUUUGCUGGUCAGCGGACUAUUGACAAUCACAUCCGUUGCCGCCCAACAAGCUAUGAGUAUUAUUGUGAUUGCCUCUCAGUGUGAAUUCGAAACCACACAGGCUGAGAAAGGCGUGAUGAUGGCUGCUAGUGUUACAGGCAUCUUCUUAUCGACCUAUAUAUGGGGAUACAUCAGCGACGAUAUCGGGCGCCGGAAAGUUCUACUUUAUGGUAAUUUCGCUAGCAAUGCCCUGCAGUUUGUACUAAUGGUCGUCACAAGUGUUUGGCUAUUUAACAUUAUUAACCUUCUUGUUGGAAUAAGUGUCGGUGCAGUGUCAGCAGCACUUUAUGCAUAUCUGAGUGAAUUCAAUAUACCCCGACAUCGAGCUGUGGCCAUUAAUUAUUCCACAAUGUUUGUUAGUGUUACAGCAAUAUAUGUUCCAGCAACUGCUUGGCUAGUGCUUUCGUCCAACUGGGCAAUCACCGUAGGCGAUUUUGUGUUUCGACCAUGGCGCUUAUUGUUGUUAGUUAGUCUGCUGCCAGGACUCAUUGGCGGUUUAAUAUUGCUAUAUUAUCCUGAAAGCCCUAAGUUAUUGCUGUCGCAAGAUAAGAAUAAGGAGGCAAUGGAAGCUGUCUCAUGGAUUAGUAAUUUUAACCGAGGAAAGCCAAUUCAUCAGGUCUAAAAUUGUGAUGAAUUCACCCUGAAAUCAGAAGAUCCUGCUGGCGAAAAUUUGUUGGCCGAAAGCCAAGGAUGCGGUAUUUUAUCUAAAAUUUGUAAAGCAACAGUUCCACUUUUCCACAAACCCCAUGGAUUUAAUUUUGUCCUUUGCAAUUUGGCUUUAUUCGGCAUGUUUUUCAGUUCAAAUGGCAUGCAGCUUUGGUUUCCGGAAAUUGUUAAUCGCUCAUCAGGUGCUGAAAAUAACUCUUCUACGGUGUGCGAAAUACUAAGCGUGCCCAUGGAAAGCCCUAAUGUGACAGAAACUUUGGGCUGCACAGAUCAUAUUUCCAGCAAAACCUAUAUUGAUAACCUGAUUGUGGGUUUUGCCUUUUUAAUUGGAUUCUCCAUUCAAGGACUGAUUCUAAAUCCUUUGGGUCGAAAGAAUGUACUUUUGGCUGCCCUCGGACUCGCAGUAUUGAGUGGGAUUUUACUACAUUUUAUGGAAAAUACCACAGGAGUUCUAUUACUCUUUUGCCUUUACAUUCUUUUGCCGGGACUUUCAAUUUCAAUUAUGAUAGGCGCCAUUGUUGAUCUGGUUCCGACAAACCUUAGAUCAAAGGCAGUCAGCUUUUGCAUGUCCAUGGGGCGACUUGGAAUUAUUGCAGCCACAAAUCUAAUGGGAGUUAUGCUGCAACCUUAUUGCAAUACAACCUUUGCCAUGUUUACUUGCACCCUUAUUGUGUGUAUUGUUAUCGUUCAUUAUCUGCCGAUUCGAAACUCUGCUUAAUUAGUUUUCUACCUUUCUCUUCAACUUUUCGUCGAUUUGUUAUGUUCAAUGAAUAAAUUUCUUAAGGAAUUGUAA